GCAGGUGGGCGGGGCCGGGCCGGGGUGCGGCGAGCGGCGCUUGGUUCGGUGGGCGCGGCUGCGAGGUCGGACGCUCCCGGGCUGACGGGGAUUUGGUUUCUUCAGAAAUAAGACUCAAACAAUUCUGUCUGCAUGGUAGUUCUCCAUCUUCUUCAUCUUUGAAGUCAGUGGCUGAUAGAAAAACAAUUGACAUAUAGAAAGAACUCUUGGAUUAAGGGUAAUGGAACAACUACAGGAUCCGGUUACGCAAGAAGAUGCAAAUAUUAAAGCUAUUAAUGAAGAGUACAGGAAAGCCUUUAUUUUAAUCAAUAAAGGAGUGAAUACAGAUGAACUGGGUCAGAAGGAAGAGGCAAGAAACUAUUAUAAGCAAGGACGUGACCACUUGCUCCGAGGACUUAGCAUUCCGUUGCAGGGUCCUGCAUGUGUAGUGGCCCAGUGGGAAUCUGCCAGGCAAAUGCAACAGAAGAUGAGGGAGACUCUCCAAAACGUUCACGCUCGACUCUGCAUUCUAGAACAAAACACCCCACCUGUACAAGCAGGUCCUGCUGCAAUGGAUGCCCCUGCUGGGGUGCCCAAGUUGUACCCAUCCAUUCCUUCCAAAGAAAAGCCAGAAAGACCCCCAGCCCCUAAGUCACUGUUUGUACCGAGUCAGCCACCUGCAAAUGAAGCACCUCCUGCCUAUACUCCUCAAGCUACCAAUGGCCAUUUCACUGUGUCUUAUGGCACAGACUCUGGGGAGUUUUCUUCUGUAGGUGAGGACUACUACAGUAAGUGUACUCAGCCACCCCCCCUUGAAAACCUAGGGGUGGAUGCAGAUGAGCUGAUCUUGAUUCCCCAAGGAGUACAGAUAUUCUUUGUGACUCCUGAUGGGCAGGUUAGUGCUCCUUCAUAUCCUGGAUAUCUACGCAUUGUGAAGUUCUUGGAUACAGAGAGUGGGACGGCCCAGAAUCGUCCACCUGCAUUUCUUCAGGUUUGUGACUGGUUGUAUCCUCUGAUGUGUAACCAGUCUCCUGUUCUGUGCUGCAAUACUGGAGUCUACAUGUUCCCUGACACGAUGUCCCAGAUACCAGGGUCCUACGUGGGAGUAGUGCUGUCUUCAGAACUUCCAGCAGCUGACAGAGAGCUCUUUGAGGAUCUCUUAAAACAGAUGUCUGACCUUCGAAUCCAGGUGCCAGGAUCCCAUGAGAGAGUAGGGUUAUCUUCAGAGCUCCCAGCAACUGAGAGAGCGCAUUUUGAAGAUAAAUUUAAACAGAUGUCUGGCCACAAAGUCCAGCCUUCAGAAGCCUCUAGUGAUGCAGUUAACUUGCCUCAGACCGUACAUAUCCAACCGCAGCCUGAAGGAGCAGAAAAUCAGAAAGAGUUGCCAGAAUGGAGCGAGAAAGUUGCCCAUGGAAUCUUGUCAGGUGCAUCUUGGGUAAGCUGGGGCCUAAUAAAAGGAGCAGAAUAUACUGGUAAAGCUAUCCACAAAGGAGCUUCUAAACUGCGAGAACACAUUCAACCAGAAGAAAAACCUCUGGAAGUCAACCCAACUGUAGCAAAGGGGCUUCAAGUAGCAAAACAGGCUACCGGAGGAGCUGUGAAAGUCAGCCAAUUCUUAGUUGAGGGAGUGUGUUCUAUAGCAAGCUGUGUUGGAAGGGAGCUGGCUCCACACGUGAAGAAGCACGGCAGCAAAUUAGUUCCGGAAUCCCUUAAGAAAGAUAAAGAUGGCAAAUCCACUUUUGAUGGUGCUCUGGUGGUAGCAGCAAGUGGAAUUCAAGGGUUUUCAACAGUGUGGCAAGGUUUAGAAAGUGCAGCUAAGUGCAUUGCUAAAAGUGUUUCAAGUGAGACUGUGAAAACUGUCAAAUACAAGUAUGGAGAUGAUGCUGGCCAUGCUACAGACAACGCCAUGAAUUCUGCAAUCAAUGUUGGUGUGACAGCAUUUAACAUCGACAAUAUUGGUCUCAAAGCUGUUGUAAAGAGAACUGCAAAGGAAACCGGCCAUGCUGUGCUGGAUGAAUAUAAAGUAUUAGAUAAUGAGAAGAAAGAGAAAAAAUGAAAUCAAUGAAAUAUUUCUCAAAGCCUUACAUUAGAGAUGAAACUUCCUAUUUAGAAGUAACUACAUUGCUAAUCUGUGAUUUAACACAAAUCUCACUGUACCUUUCAAGCACCUGUUACUUAAUUUGACAUGAAAAUGUAAAAAUAGGGAGGGUCUUCAUAGAAGGAAGAAUGAAAGUUGUUUUUACUCCUUGUUCUGUAUUGAACAAGGGUUUUAUACAACUGGAUCAGGGUUUUUGACAACUGCAAGGAUAGGAGUUUGCAGUUAAUAAACUUGCCCCUAUAAGCACUUUUUCAGAAUAUAAUAUGGAAUAAUAGAUUUAUGUAGAAAUACUAUUAUGAAUAUUUUUGUAAUGCUUUAUAUUUGUAAAGAAAGAGGUGAUACAGGACAAAUAGGAUUACUAAUUCUGGAACAAAUAGGAUUACUAGUUUUGUUUUUUAACUAACCUUAAGAGUUAGCUUUACUAAGCCAGCCUUGUCUUAUUUCAUGUGCGCUACUAAAAUAAGCUUUGUGUUUCAUUGUUUUGUAGAGCGUUUCUCUUUUCAGCUACCAAACAGCUAAUCUUAUCCAAAGUUCAUGUUAGAAGAAAUGAAAGAUGAACCUCAGGUAAUUAGGUAUUUAUUCUCUUAAAAACUAUUUUUUUUUCCAUCCAGCAUAUAAGCAAACCAAAGACACCAAGUAUUUCUUCUAAAAGAGGGUAUUUACAACUCUAGAGAAAUGUGUUCUCCUGUUGACUCCAUGAGGAAUAUACAAAGAUUCUUUGAAAUUGAGAUUUUUAUGUAGAGAGGAUAAGUAUGUUUUUGCAUAAAUUAUUUUUCUGUAAAAAAUGUUCUGUAGAGGACACUAGGAACUUCUAUGCAUUCUGCACUUUUCAGCCAAUCCAGAAAGAUUCAGAGUAUAUAUCAUGGCCUCCUAAUGGAAGACAUUAUGUAUUUGCUUUAACAAGUAGUUCUAACUGUCAGCAUCUUUAUUCCAUUAAAUUCAUAGUUGCACAAGGUACAUCUUUAAAGGGUAUGAAGACAAGCCCUUUUAAUGGAGAGAUGUGUGUGGAAUACAAUAGAUGCUACUGUGUAGGUUUUUCAUCUUACUCCUAGUGCAGUGGGAAAUAACUCCAUACGGAGAACCUCUGAGAUGCUUUUACACUGCUACUUAUUUAACAGUUUAUUACUGAGUUUUAAAGCUGCUACACAUUCUGAUAUUGGCAGGACUUGCAGCAAACACCACCAUCAACUUACAACUUAAAUCAAUUUCAUGUAAAUGGAGAAAAUAACUAUAAAUGGUUGUUAGAAAUUAUAUUUGUGUCAGAUUGAAAAAUUGCAGUAACAACUAAUGUCUAUUAGAAUGGUAAUAGGUGCACAUUUUGUGGUAGCUACUGUAGGUGUGUAUUUACGGUGAGAAAUGUGAAACAAAGGAUCUAACCACUGAAGUGUAACUUUGAUUUAUGGAAAUAAAGAUGAAAUUAAAAUUGG